AUGCCUUGGUUUAGAAAUUUAAUCCAGCUCACCACCGCCACUACCCGCAAACAAUCGCCGUUCAAGGCGGCUGCGCCGCCGCCGUCACUAACCCAGUGUCUGUUGUUUGGUACGGAAGCACAGAGUGGCGGCGGCGGGAAGAGGUAUGCGGGGUUGGGGCCCACGAAGGCGGAUGAGAAGCCCCGAGUGGUGGUGCUGGGGACGGGGUGGGCGGGGUGCAGGCUGAUGAAGGGGAUCGACACCAAUAUAUACGAUGUUGUUUGUGUGUCGCCGAGGAACCACAUGGUGUUCACACCUCUGCUGGCCUCCACUUGCGUCGGCACUCUGGAGUUCCGAUCGGUGGCUGAGCCUGUCGGCCGGAUCCAACCCGCCAUUUCCCGGGAACCCAAUUCUUAUUUCUUUCUUGCUAAUUGUUCUGGAAUUGAUUUCAACAACCAUACAAUAAAGUGCCAAACAGCUACAGAUGGAAUUGAAACUCCCGAGCCAUGGAACUUCAGUAUCUCGUACGACAAGUUGGUAGUUGCCGCGGGAGCAAAACCCUUAACCUUUGGAAUUAAGGGAGUGUUGGAGCAUGCUAUCUUUCUUCGGGAAGUUUACCAUGCUCAAGAAAUAAGGAGAAAACUCCUCCUAAACCUGAUGCUGUCUGAUGUGCCCGGAGUUAGCAAUGAAGAAAAGAGCAGACUCCUGCACUGUGUUGUCGUUGGAGGUGGCCCCACGGGAGUUGAGUUCAGCGGGGAGCUUAGCGACUUCAUCAAGAGGGAUGUUCAUCAAAGAUAUGCUCAUGUAAAAGAUUAUAUUCAUGUCACACUAAUUGAGGCUAAUGAGAUUUUGUCUUCCUGUGAAGAUAGUCUUCGUAAAUAUGCAAUCAAACAAUUGACAAAGUCAGGAGUUUGUCUGGUACGCGGGGUUGUACAAGAUGUGCAACCAAAGAAGAUAAUUCUUAAUGAUGGCACGGAGGUCCCCUAUGGCUUGUUAGUGUGGUCUACUGGGGUUGGACCGUCUUCGUUUGUGGAAUCUCUGGAUAUUCCAAAAUCUCGUGGAAGGAUCGGAGUUGAUGAAUGGCUACGUGUCCCUAGCGUGCAGGAUGUAUUUGCAAUCGGGGAUUGUUGUGGCUUCCUCGAAAGUACAGGCAAGACAGUACUUCCAGCCUUGGCUCAGGUUGCAGAACGUCAAGGAAAGUAUCUGUCAACGCUAGUGAACCAAAUUGGCAAAGCUGGCGGGGGGAAAGCGAAUGCUGCCAAGGAUUUUGACCUCGGGGAUCCAUUCGUUUAUAGGCAUUUGGUCAGCAUGGCAAGCAUAGGCCGGUAUAAGGCGCUUGUUGACCUUAGGCAGAGCAAGGAGGCGAAAGGCGUAUCGUUGGCAGGAUUCACGAGCUGGUUUAUUUGGCGCUCGGCUUACCUGACUCGUGUGGUCAGCUGGAGGAACAGAUUGUACGUUGCUAUCAACUGGUUGACGACUUUGGUGUUUGGUCGUGAUAUCAGUCGGAUAUAAGAAACGACC